UGAGCAUUAAUUUCGUAGUAAAAAAUUUCGAUAAAGCUGCAUCGAUCGUCAAUACGUACGUGCUGCAUCGAUCGUCAAUACGGCAUGUACAACUGAUCUGUCGUGGGGUAAGUACUUCCAACAACUAUCUUCGACGGCGGACUGCUGCCACGGUCAGCUCUACUGUACACCAAGUGUCUUUGGGGUGUCGGGCAGUUCGGGGAGCGAGCAACAACACUACACAUGUGUACGUCAAUACGACGCGCCCCUCACAACGGUAUGUGACGGAGCGGGUCAUUUUCCAGUCCGUUCGGGCGGACGAAUUGUGUCUCCGUCGGUGGACCGGCUGGGUUCCACGGCCUCCGGCGCUGCGGCCGGCGGCCAGGUCGGGACAGGACCGAGUGACGCGGGGCGCGCUGCCGCGGUGCGCGCUGCCGCGAAUCACCCCAUUGGUAUGUGACAGUGUGAGUGGCUUUGUCGGUGUCGGACUAAAGUCUGUCAUUGAUGUUCUUCGUUGUUGUCUUCUGCACUUUCUGCGCUACCCUUCACGAAAGCAUGCGCAUUUAGUGUCUGUACUAGGCAAACCGCGAGGAAGCAGCUUUUUGCAAAAAGACACUUACUUACUCCUACUCCUUACUAUAUUCUAA